UUCCGUUACGGAUUUUCCUGUUUAACUCUCGAUCGAGGGACACCGUACCAGCACUCCGGGGAGCGUCGUUGAAUUCGAUUAAUGUCCUCCUCCGCUGCCGCCGCCGCCGCCGUUCUUCCUCUCUCUCUCGGUCUCUCGAGCAACGCCGGGAAGCUUGUAGUGGAGAUGGAAGGAGGAGGAAGGGGACACGGCGACCAGGGCACCCCGGAGAGAGUUCGAGCUUGGCAGUCGGAGCUGGCUUCGCCGGUGGGGAGGAAGAUUCCCGUGGUUUACUACCUCUGCCGGAACCGCCGCCUCGAGCACCCCCAUUUCAUCCAAGUCCCCCUCUCCUCCCCCGACGGACUCUUCCUCAGAGAUGUGAUCAAUCGGCUAGACGAGCUGAGAGGAAAGGGCAUGCCCGCCAUGUACUCGUGGUCCUGCAAGAGGAGCUACAAGAACGGAUUCGUCUGGCAAGAUCUCGCCGACGACGAUCUGGUGCUCCCGGCGAACGGCGACGAAUAUGUCCUCAAGGGCACCGAGCUGCUGCAUCAGUCUUCUUCAGUUUCAGGUCGGAUUCAGCAAGGCAAUGGCAACUGCAGGUUGCCGAUCUUGAACCCUCAGCAGCAAGACGGCGCCAUUUUUUCAGCAGGUCAAGAAGCCUCGCCGGUAAUCGAAGGGCUGAAGAAGCCAGCGUCACCACCUUGGCCUCAAGGCGAUGGCCAAAAGCCUUCCUCACCAGCGAAUGGCCGGAGUUUCAGAGAGCGUCGAUCGUGUAAGCCCGUUGAAGCUUCUGAUGCUUCGACUCAGACCGAUGACAGCCCGCCUUCCACUGAAUUCGAUCCGGCAAAGCCACAGAGCAGCGACCUACGGUCCAAAGGUGGUUCAAACGCCGGCGCAGACGAGAACGAUUCAUUCUCUAGCGGGAAGAUGGAGACUUUGGAGUCUCUGAUCAGAGCUGACGCCGGCAGGAUCAACAGCUUCCGAGUGCUCGAAGAGGAGGAGGUUCUCUUCCACACAGGGCCAAAGCUGAGGCCAACAAGCGUGCUGAUGCAACUGAUCACAUGCGGGGCGAUCUCAGUGAAGGAUCACCAAAGCUUUGGCCUAGUGCCGACCUACAAGCCAAGCUUCUCCCACGCCAAACUGCCUUCUCCCAUGUUUUCAAGAUCAACGAUGCACAUGCACGGGGAGCUCGAUUGCCUGCCCGACAACAAUCGGAGGCUGAUCGCGCUUCGAUUCGACGACAAGGAGUGUUUCAGCGGGAGCUUGGUCGAGACAAAGAAGCACAGGAGCAUAGUUGGGGAAAUGGCGGCGCCCACACUCAAACGCUCUUCUUCAUACAAUGCAACCGACAGAAGCUGCAAGACCCCAGAUUCGAAGCAGGUUAUCGCAAAUCUGACAGAGGCAUCGCGCCCCAAGUGCCUUCCCCGAGUAAUGAAAUCUGUGCCAAACAAACAAUCUAAAGACGAAGCGAUCAGGCUAUCCUUUUCGGAUGCCCCGAGGAAGUCUUCUGUUGAGCUACACUGCAGGGAGUCGUCAAAUGAAGAGAUCCAGAGUAUGGGACCUUCAGGCAAUGCACCAUCGACUGGUGUGGAGUCUUUGGAAGGCAAAACUGACAAGUUGAUCAAAAUUGAGGAAAGACUUAUAUCGGGAGCUCGGGUCACCAUUCAGUCGAGAGCUCCAUGCGAUGCGAGUGAGGAUUCGGAUUCUUAAGCAGAGUUGCUCUCUGUGAAGCAUCUUUGUAGAAUGGUUGAUAGAUAGGUCAGCGCGCAUGAUAUGUGAUUUCUCAAGUUGCUGUAGGCGCAGUCUUGUUCUGGUUAUGUUUGUAAGCAGUUCAAUUUCUAAUCUUGCCCAGCUGCCUUUAUUUGGUA